UAAUGCACUAGCCGUGUAUUACCGGAAGUAGGAAACAAGAAAAGACCAAGGUACCUUCUCGGGCUAGCUUAGCUUGCUAGCUGCUAACAAAGACGCUCGAAGUGAUCAACGCAUCGCUAAGCGGAGAUCGAGUGCGAGUGUAAAGUGUCGCGAUCGUGUGAAAAUGUGUCCAAAUGUCCAAAUGCUGAGAGCGUUGGUGAACCAGCGACUAGCUUUGGCUGUGGAAGAAAUAUUUGUAGUGUUGGAAAGAACCAUAGCAGAGUACGAGGAGGAACUUUGUCGAACAAAAGAGGAGAACGAGCGACAACGUCAACUACUGGACGCCGUUUCCAAGAGGUACCAAGUUGGGUUGCACGGAGCAGAAGCCAGUGAAGAUGAUCUUCUCCAUGAGCAGCAGGAGGGGCCGCAGCCCCCCCGCAUCAAAGAGGAAGAGGAGGAUCGCAGCAUCGGUCAGGAGCAUCUUGAAGGACCGUCAGUCAUCUGUGUCCCUCUGAAGAGCGAAGAUGAUGGAGGUGACAGCGAGGAGAAGAGAGGGGCGGAGCCUCCAAGCAGCAGCUCAACAGAAGCCGAUGGAGACCACUGUGGAGGAUCACCAGCAGACAAGCUCUUAGCUCCACUAUCAGAUAGCGAGCACACAACGUCACACUCUCGUGACACUGAUGAUGAAGACCGUGAUGACGAAGAGCCUAAAGCUGACCUAACAUGUCGCCAUGACAACAAAUGCUUCCAGUGCCCCCACUGCAACAAAACCUUUAAUGAUCGCAGUAACAUGAAAAGACACGUGAAGCUGCACACGGGAGAGAAACCAUUUGUGUGCUCAGUUUGCGAUAAAAGAUUCUCCUUAAAGGCAAAUUUGAAAGCGCACUCAAUAAUCCACACCGGAGAGAAACGUUUUGCGUGUUCCGUGUGCGGCAAAGGUUUUCUGCGAAAGCAAGAGAUGAAAAUACACACAAGAACACACAACGAUGACAAACCCUUCACCUGCGUGGUGUGCGGCGUCGGCUUUUUACUAAGUCGACAUUUAAAAGAACACGGAAGGAAACACACAGGGGAGAAACCAUUCAGCUGUUCAGUCUGCGGUAUCGGUUUUGUACAAACUUCCGAUUUGAAAAAACACAUGAGACGACACACUGGAGAGAGACCAUACUCAUGCUCGGUGUGCGGGAAAAGUUUCAUCCGGAAUAAUUGCUUGAAAAUGCACAUGAGAACUCACACCGGAGAGAAACCGUAUUCCUGUUCCAUUUGCAACAGAAGCUUUUGUGACCGAACAAACCUUGCGAGACACACGAGACUCCACACCGGAGAGAAAGUGUUUCGGUGCAGCGUGUGUGCUGAACGAUUCUCUUACAAGUACCAGCUGAACAACCACACGUGCGCUGGCGAGAACAGCAGCAGGAAGUGAAGCUGCACCGCUUCCUGCUGGGGAGAACAGCGGCAGGAAGUGAAGCUGCAUCGUUGGAUGUGGAAGAUAAUCUUGCUCACGCCUUCUACCUUUAAAUGGAAUAAAAAUGAG